AGAUUCGAUAACAUUUUCCUUUUACUGCCACACAUAGGACUAUGAGCGUUGUGGUUGACGUGCUUACCGAUAGCGACGAUGAGGAGAUUCUCUUCACUAAGGAAAUGGUCCGAAGGCUACGAAAUGCGGAAAAAAAAAUUCCUCCUAAUUCACGACCGACGUCAUCUCUUAGUGACACUAGCGGAGUCAGUACUAUGAGCAUUGUUUCAACGCAAAAAAAAGCAGAAAGCAGCUCUGAUAGCUCUACACUCGAAGAGAUUCCGACACACAGCACGUCCACGAAAGAAUUGCGGAGUUCUGAGAGUUCGCUGCUCACGCCGAGGUAACCACCGCCUUCGGUGUGAUCCACAACCCACUGCACAUAUGUAAUCAUUCCUUUUAUGCAAUAAAUCUUACCUCGGAAUGCACUCAAAGUUUGUGUACACCUUUGUAACACUCGCCAUUGUGAUCAGAUGCAGUGUUUGAAUUUGUAGCGAAACGGCGCUCACUUGCGGGGUGUAUGUGCAUCUGGCAAAUUUC